AUUAAUCAUUGACGUGGUCGUCGUGGUGUUUCAAUUGCCGUAAAUUCUUGCAGCUCUUCCUUCCCGCUCGCUAGGGUUUACGGCAGCUGCCCGUCCAUCUCCGGCGAUCGUGUGAUGGCGUGGGGCGACGAGACCGUGGGGCUGGAUGUGGCCUCUGCCGGUCUCCAUAUCAGCGAGCGCAUUGGCAGGGACGUCGCCGGCCGCCUCGACCUCGAGGAGGCUAUCGAAGCCUCGCGCUACGCCAGUCACCCCUACUCUACCCUUCCCAAAGAGUGGCCUUCUAUAGUUGAAGUUGCAGAUACACGUGAAUUACCUCUGGCUCUAAUUGAAAGAUAUAAUGCAUCUGGUGGUGAAGGAACAGCCAUUUGUGGAAUUUUCCCAGAGAUACGAAGAGCUUGGGCUUCAGUUGAUGAUUCUCUGUUUCUUUGGCGUUUCGAUAAAUGGGAUGGACAAUGCCCUGAGUACAGUGCUGAUGAACAAGUUAUUUGCGCUGUCAGCCUUGCCAGAACAAGGCCUGGAAUUUUUGUUGAAGCGAUACAGUAUCUCUUAGUGUUAGCAACUCCUGUUGAGUUGAUUCUCAUUGGAGUAUGCUGCAUGGCUAGUGGAGAUGGAUCAGAUCCAUUCGCAGAGAUUUCACUGCAACCAUUACCUGAGUAUAGAAUUCCUUCAGAUGGAGUUACUAUGACCUGCAUCACAUGCACAGAUAAAGGGCGUAUAUUUCUAGGUGGUCGUGAUGGCCAUAUUUAUGAAAUGCAAUACUCAACUGGCUCAGGCUGGCGUAAACGCUGCCGGAAGGUUUGCCUUACAACUAGUUUCGGAAGUCUUCUAUCAAGAUGGAUCUUGCCAAAUGACUUUAAGUUUGGGGCUGCUGAUCCAAUAGUGGACAUGGUUAUUGAUAACGAGAGGCAUAUCCUUUAUACAAGAACAGAAGCUAUGAAACUGCAAGCAUUUGAUCUUGGAGGAGAUGGGCAGGGUCUUGUAUCAAAAAUUGCUGAAGGGAAAAAUUUUAUUGAUUCACGUGAGACACAGCAUGGAGCUAGACGGUCUACUGGAUCAAGAGCUGUUGCACGUGGUGGAAAACCAACAAUUGUUUGUAUAGCUCCAUUAUCUACGAUUGAAUCAAAGAGGUUGCACAUGAUUGCUAUUCUGUCAGAUGGAAGGAGACUAUAUCUCUCUACUUCUUCAGGUGGAAAUAGCUCUUCCAUUGGUGGUUCUUCACAAAGGCCUUCAAGUCUAAAAGUGAUUGCGACUAGGCCUUCACCUCCAAUAGGGGUGGGUGGUGGGCUUAAUUAUGGUACCACGCCCACAUCUGGUAGGGUUCAACCUGAGGAUAUGACUUUAAAGGUGGAAGCAGCUUUUUAUUCAGCUGGCACUCUGGUACUCUCAGAUUCAUCAGCAUCAAAUAUGUCUUCUCUUCUGAUUGUGAAUCAGGAUUCCAGUGGGCAACAAUCUGCUUCUAACAAUUUUGGGAUGAAUUCAAGAAACAAUCGUGCUUUACGUGAAUUAGUAUCAUCUUUGCCUAUUGAAGGGAGGAUGCUUUUUGCGGCAGACAUUUUACCCCUGCCAGAUAUUGCGCUAACGGUGCAAUCUUUAUUCUCAGACGCAGAAGCUUUUGCUGGUUUGUGUGAAUCAUCUGAAACAGCUUCUGGGAAACUUUGGGCCAGAGGAGAUCUUCCCACCCAGCAUAUCCUUCCAAGGAGAAGGGCUGUGGUAUUCAGUGCCACAGGUCUAAUGGAGUUAGUAUUCAACAGGCCUGUUGACAUUCUGAGAAGAUUAUUUGAGUCUAAUGUUCCACGAUCACACAUUGAAGAAUUUUUUAAUAGAUUCGGAUCUGGAGAAGCUGCAGCAAUGUGUUUAAUGCUGGCAGCAGAUUUGGUAUUCACUGAAGGAAAUCUUCUAAGCAGUACUGUUUCUGAAAAGGCAGCUGAAGCAUUUGAGGAUCCUGGGUUGGUUGGAAUGCCACAAUUUGAUGGUACCACUGGUUUGACAAGUGCUAGGUCAACAUCUGGAGGUUUUAGCAUGGGCCAAGUUGUGCAGGAGGCUGAACCCUUGUUUUCUGGUGCACAUGAAGGACUUUGCUUAUGCUCGUCUAGGCUGCUCUUUCCUUUAUGGGAACUGCCUGUCAUGGUAGUCCGUGGUAAAGUAGGUCCUGAUGGUCGUUAUGAAGAAGGGGUUAUUCUCUGCAGACUUUCAGUUGAUGCAAUGAAGAUCCUUGAAAUUAAAAUUCAUUCUUUAGAGCAAUUUUUAAGAUCUAGAAGAAACAAGAGAAGGGGAUUAUAUGGUUAUGUCGCUGGUAUAGGAGAUUAUUCUGGUUCUAUUCUCUAUGGAGAAAGAAACUGGUUUGGCGCACAGACAAGAAAUGCUGAUUCUGGAAAUGUUAGUGCAACGAGUAAGAGGCAGCGGCUUUCUUAUACUCCAGCAGAAUUGGCUGCCAUGGAGGUGAGAGCAAUGGAAUGUCUUAGGCGUUUGUUGAGGAGAUCUAGAGAAGCACUUUUCUUACUUCAAAUACUGUGCCAACACAAUGUUGCUCGCCUAGUUCAGGGUCUUGAUAAUAAUGCCCGUCAGAAAUUAAUUCAGUUAACAUUCAAUCAGAUGGUGUGUUCAGAGGAGGGUGAGCAACUUGCCAAUCGACUUAUUACUUCACUUAUGGAGUACUACAUUGGCCCAGAUGGCAAAGGCACAGUGGAUGAGAUCAGUGAGAAUCUAAAAGAGGGUUGCCCAAGUUAUUACAAGGAGUCUAACUACCACUAUUUCUUAGCAGUGGAGUAUCUUGAGAAAGCUUCUGUAACUAUGAAUGCACUUGAGAAGGAAAGUCUAGCAAGGGAUGCUUUCAAACUCCUUAUAAAAUGUCCAGAAUCUGCAGAUCUGGCCCAUCUUGUUACUAUAUGCAAAAGAUUUGCAGACUUAAGAUUUUAUGAAGCUGCAGUCCGGUUACCUCUGCAGAAGGCUCAAGCUUUUGACAGCAAGGCUGACAUGGUCAACCUCAAUGGUGAUUCAGGUCAUCUAGUUGAUAAACUAGUUCUUCGUGAACAAUGCUAUGAAAUAGUAAUGGAUUCCCUUCGUUCAUUAACGGGAAGAAAUGGAAACAGUAAGGAGUUUAACAGUUCUCAAGUUGCAUCUGGGCCUUCACUUGAUCAGGCUACUCGGGACAACUAUAUUCGACAAAUAAUUCAGCUUUGUGUCCAAUGGCCUGACACAGCAUUUCAUGAACAUUUAUAUAGGACCCUAAUUGACUUGGGCCUUGAAAAUGAGUUGUUAGAGUAUGGGGGUUCCGAUUUGGUCCCUUUUCUACAGAGUGCUGGCCAUAAGCUUAUACAGGAUGUUCAAGCUGUCAAUGCUGUAAGAUCAGCAUCACCUUCAGUAGGAGAUCCAAGGGCACCUAGUCAGGCCAAAUAUUAUAAUCUUUUGGCAAGAUAUUAUUCCCUCAAGCGGCAGCAUCUACUUGCUGCUCAUGUGCUAUAUAAGUUAGCAGAAAUGGGCUCCGAGUCUGCAGAGUCCCCUACUUUGGCUCAGAGACUUCUAUAUCUUAGCAAUGCAAUUAUUCAAGCAAAAACUGCAAAUAGCACUAUUAGUUCUGUUCAUUCAAGCACGGAUGCCACAGAUGAUGGCUUACUUGAUUUGCUUGAAGCAAAGCAUGCCGUUCUUCGUUUCCAAAUCAAAAUUAAAGAGCAGCUGGAACCGAUAGUAUCAAUGCUAGAAAACACUCCAGGGAGCAGUGAAAUUGCUCCGGAUGAUCCAUCUCCCUGGAGCAACCUCAUAGUCAAUGAGAACAUUGCUGAGAGUGCCAAGGAGAGGGUAAAAGAGUUAUCACAGGAGCUGAAGAGCAUUAGUCAACUUUAUAAUGAGUUUGCCAUUCCAUUUAAGCUUUGGGAGAUAUGCCUGGAAAUGCUCAACUUUUCAAAUUACUCUGGCGAUGCUGAUAGCAAAAUUGUUCGGGAGACCUGGGCAAGGCUUCUUGAUCAAGCUCUUUCUAGAGGUGGAGUUGCAGAAGCAUGUUCUUCUGUAAAGAGGGUUGGUUCAAAUAUCUAUACUGGAGAGGAAGGUCGGUUACCUUUAGAGAUUAUUUGUCUUCAUCUUGAGAUGGCUGCUUCGGAACGUGUGACUUCAGGAGUAGAAUUUGUUGGUGAUGAGGAUAUUGCUAGGGCACUUCUCACUGCUUGUAAAGAUGAGCCGAAGCCUGUUUUAAGUGCAUAUGAUCAGCUUUUAUCAAAUGGAGCUAUUUUACCUUCACCAAACCUGAAACUCCGUCUUCUGAGAUCUGUUCUAGUGGUUCUCCGAGAGUGGGUUAGAUCUGUAUUUGCGAUUACAUUAGGAACCACAGCUGCUGGUGCUGCUUCAAUUCUUGGCGGAGCACUCUCAUUACAACAGAAAGCAAUCAUCAAUCAAGGCGCUCGAGAUAAGAUAACAAGUUUAGCAAACAGGUACAUGACUGAGGUACGCUGCUUGCCACUCCCGCAAAAUCUGAUCGAGCCAGUUUACAAAGGCUUUCGAGACCUUGAACAAGUUCUUUUUUCCAACGACUUUCAGCAACACUUCAGGUGAUACUGUGCAUCAUAGGGAGAAUUGUGAGUUGGGCUGUGCCACUUAACAACAAAGUUGCAGUUUUAUUUUCCUACAACUUCCUGCGGCUCUUGGGUUUUUGCGUACCAUAAGGAGACUUUGUAUUCUGUUGUCGCACACUACCUUGUAUCACAUUUGAUCAAGUAAAUUUUUUACCUGAGGUAUUUAUUCUGCAACAAUGAACGUUUAGUCGCUCUUCUUCACCAUUGGUAAAAUAAAUUCUUCGAUACCA